AUGCCGUGCCGUGCCAUCCGUGGCCUCCAUGUCCUCGUGGUGUUGGCCUUGACGCCUUCGUCCAUGGCUGGCAUGGAAGCCAAGGCCAACACUUGGCACAAAGUCACGGCUGCCGGUGCCCCAACUGCGCGGUAUAGGCACACGGCAGUCCUAGAUUCGCAGCAGCGGAUGUGGAUCUUCGAUGGCUUUAGCAGUAAAUGGCUGAAUGACCUGCACUACUUCAGCAUUGAGGCAAAGAAGGGUGCAGUCUGGGGAAUGUCGUCGGUGAUAUGCAUUGAUAGUGCGGCAUGGCAGAAUGCGUAA